AUGAGCAGAAUCAACUUUUUCAACUUCUCAGCUAUCGCUUUAGUGUGUACAGCUGGUGUCUAUACUGGAACCAAAUUUUUUGAACCGAUAGUGGUCGAAAGACUAAGGCUUGAUGGUAACUUGAGAGAUGAUAUAGAGGUUCCAAAGUAUGAUGAGAAUGGUGAACUUAUAGUUGCAGAGCCACAACAAUUACCACCAAAACCAUCCGAAUUUUUGACAGACAAACAAGCUGCAUCAUCAAAUCAAGAGCAAUCAGAUGCAUCCAAAUAA